CAAAACAACACGUACAAAUAAUUGACAACAUCAUCAUCAGAGAGCGGGUGUCACACGAUCGUCUGUUUUGCCUGGAAGAAUCUUGAAAUUUCAAGAUGCCUGCAACGUUGGCGCUAGAUCAACGACAGAUUCCGAUAUCAUCCGGAGGUCAUGGCAGUGAUGAUGUCACUAAACCAGCAUUAGAUCUGUAUUGGAAGGAGAAGGUGGAUUUUCUAACCUAUGAAAGCCCUCUGGAAGAUUUAUCGGACUUGGCAUCUUUAGAAGAAUGGACUGGUAGACUUGAGUUCAUCAUCGAGGACCUAAGCUGGCUUCUUAAACUUCCUCAUCACAAAUUCUGGAGCCAGGUGAUGUUUGAUCCGAGUCUUCAGAGAUGUCUUGAUUCAUAUCUUCGUAAUGCUCCAAGGCCCUAUGACCCUGUGACCUCACUUCCUGUUGACCUUGCUGCUAGACAUCGCACCCUUCAUAAACAAGUCUUCAUGACGUUCUUGCGUAUGGCCACACACAAAGAAUCUAAGGAGAAUUUCAUUACACCAGGUGUCUUUGGUGAUUUCAUUUAUGAGAACUUCCUCUUUGAUGUCGCUAAACUGAUUGAACUUAGCGUUCUAUAUGGAGGCGGGAAUGCAGACCUUCUUGGGAAGAUGAUUGAAAAUAUCUUCAGAUAUCAGCCAAAGUUUAACGAGGAUCUCGUCACGGUGGUACCUGACAUUCUAAAGAUCUUCGAUGUUGUUCUUGAGAAAUGUAAACUGAAGCCCGACUCAGACAACCACCAAGCUGCACCACCAUCCAGAGUUCUUCAUACAAUGCCUGAGGUAGAGCUACGAGACCUGAUUCACUACAUCACUGACUCGGCUUUGAGUAUUCUAGCUUUCUUAGACAUCUACCCACAAGGUGCUUAUGCAUUCAAAGCUAAUAACUUUGUCUCAAAGAUGGCAGCAUUCUUUGAGAUUAUGGUUCCAGCUUUUGAUAAAGCCCUAAAGGAAAGACAUUGGGAAGAUGAAAGCAAGAAAAAAUCCCUGAAAAAACAUCUUCAUCUCGGAAAGGUCAGCCUGGCUAAAGUUUGUCAAUCCAUCGUAGCUACUUGUCACAUGCAACCGAUCCUAGAUAACACAUCUAAAGAAGAAAGAUCUCGGUUAGUUGAGGAAUAUUUGGAGUUGAUGUCGACCCUUCUAUCUGACAAAUAUUUCCUGUCAGUUUUUGCUCAUCAGUAUCAAAUCGGAGAAGACCUAGACGUCAUUCUACAAAAAGCUCAUGUAGACGAGACUAGAGCCCAGUUCAUCUUAGAUGGUUUCAAGAGUGCCAUGGCAACCAAAGCUAAACAAAAACAUGCUGGGAAUGAUGUCAGUUUGAAAUCACUAACGGAGGUAACUACCCAGGGGCAUGUUGGCAUUGACGCAGGGCACCAGUACGACGCAAUGCCUGAAGAUUACCAAACGGACGAGUAUGUUGAAGCAUUGGCUCCGUCAUCAUCUGGAGCAUGUGGAGGAGGAGUCUCCGACGUCCAAAUGGCUUCACUAAUCUCAUCUGUUAAAGACUUAUUCCCUGAAUAUGGAGAGGGCUUUAUUGAGGCUUGCUUAGAAGAAUACAUGAAUGAUAGCAGUCAAGUCAUCAAUGCUAUCCUGGAAGAUAAACUUGUACCUGGACUACGAGACCUGAAUAAGACAAUGGAACGAACUGUAAAGAAACCACAACCCCAAGUCAAGACAUCUGCAGCACCAUCUCUACUUCAACAACGCAGUAAUAUUUAUCAGAAUGAUGAGUUUGAUGUGUUUAGUAGAGGCACUGUAGACACAAAUAAGAUCCACAAGGGAAAAAGGAGUGAGAAACUCGGAACUCUACUGAAUGACAAGACUCAUCUUCGUAGUCUCCGGCCGAUGUACGAGGAAUAUGAGAACGAGUAUGAUGACGAAUAUGAUGAUACGUAUGAUGCUAACGAUGUGGGAGCAGGAGAUGCUGACUCAGCUGAUGAACUCACUGCUAGGAGUUUCAUGGUUUCAUUUUUCAGGCCGUUUAUGGUACCUAGGGUGCUUAGAGAAACUCAAGAUAACAGCUCUGGUGAAGAUGAUAAUCAGGAACCACCACCAGGGCGUAAUGCUAAUCGUGCCGAUAACUUCCAGCAGCCAACGGCUCCUAGACCCCAAGGGACUAGAGGGGGUGGGCGUGGAGCGUCACGUGGUGCCGUCCAAGGACAGGGCAAGGGAAGAGGACAAACUAAGGAGACACAGAGGGCGAGAGGGUCCAAGGAGAAGAAUAAAGGAAGGGGAGCGAAUCAUAACAGGAAAGCAAUGGCCGAUAAGAAACGGAGUAAAGGGAUGUUGUCGUAGAGCGUUUAUGAGUUACGUCUUGUUACCUGGGUCUAAUUUUAAAUACAUUGUUGUUAAACAGCAAAUACUGCUUGAUUAUUUUCUUUGCAAAGCAAAUUGAGUGGGGCACCAGAAACAAGAAUGUAAUAACGGAAAUCAGCCUUUCACAGAAAAAAGUUACUUUAGUAUGAACUUCUUAUUAGUAGUUUUCAGACUAAAAUUAAACAAAAAGUUUUUAUGCUUACCAAUUCUGCAUAUACCUAUGAUCCAGUUUAGCGUUGACAAAUGAAAAAAACAAUCUCUUCUGAUGUUGGUAGUGGUUAUGCACAAGGCUUUGAAAUUCAACUUUGUGAUGCACUGAUUGCAGAAUAUCACUUAGAAAAUGUGGACUCUCCUUGGGGAAAACUCUUGGUGGCGCUGUUCAUGUGAAUAAACAAAUAAAAUAUUAAGAGAUUUAAUAACGAAUGAUACAACCAGGGCCCAAUUUCAAAAGUAGCUAAAGCGCAACUAAAUUUAGCUUACCAGAACUGAUCUGACUGGUAUCCUGCAGAUUUCUGCUUAGUUGUUGCUUAAGCAGCUCUAUGAAAUUAAGCCUGGCUUGCAACUGAUACAGCAAGACUUUGUACUGCAUUCCAACUUUCAAUGGCGUGCAGAUCUAAAACCAAAGACAAGGAAAGCUAAAAAAAGUUGAUUAUAACAACUAAAUUGGAGUGAACAGGAUGUGAACAUGUAACUGCAUGAAUACUGUACCUGCGAGUCACAAACUCUGCUUCCAGCCUUACAUAGUUUUUCUUUUUCUUCAGCGAAACAGUCAACACUUGUACCACUGGACUUAUAGUCAUGCAAAUCAUAUUUGUUUAUUUCAACUCAUCAAAAA